CGCAUUACCGCCAACUCGAGUCAGUUGGCGCGCAGUGGAGCAGGAGAACAGCGAUAUUUUGAAGAGGAAAAUUUUAACUCUUGCUGAUAAAAUGCCGGCCACGUCUGAGAUACACACGACUGCUCCGUGCAGCAGCGAAGGACAGCAGGAGCCGGCCGAGGAGAAGAAAGCCGCUGCUGCCUUUUCUCUGUUCUGCGAUGAGCGCGGAUAUCUGAACCAGAUCGACUACAUCUUACAGAACGGAGUGAAGAAAGGCGACCGGACGGGGACGGGAGUCAUUUCUGUCUUCGGCUUACAGGCCAGAUACAGCCUGAGAGAUCAGUUCCCUUUGCUCACCACCAAGAGGGUUUUCUGGAAGGCCAUCUUGGAGGAGCUGCUGUGGUUCAUAAAGGGUUCAACAAACGCCAAAGAGCUUUCAGAGAAAGGUGUGAAGAUCUGGGAUGCGAACGGCUCACGGGACUUCCUGGAUAAGAGUGGAUUUACUGAGCGUGAGGAGGGAGAUCUAGGCCCUGUAUACGGUUUCCAGUGGAGACACUUUGGUGCUGAGUAUAAAGACAUGCACACAGAUUACUCCGGACAAGGUGUUGACCAGCUGCAAAAAGUAAUUGACACAAUCAGGUCAAAUCCAGAGGACAGGAGGAUCAUAAUGUGUGCUUGGAAUCCUAAAGAUUUGCCUCUGAUGGCUCUUCCACCCUGCCAUGCUCUAUGCCAGUUCUAUGUGUCUGAGGGCGAACUGUCAUGCCAGUUAUACCAGCGUUCAGGAGAUAUCGGUCUGGGUGUGCCCUUCAACAUCGCCAGCUAUGCCCUACUGACCUACAUGAUCGCCCACAUCACAGGACUCAAGCCUGGUGAUUUUGUACAUACUCUUGGUGAUGCCCAUGUCUACCUCAAUCACAUUGAACCUCUGAAAGUGCAGCUCCAGAGGGAGCCUCGGCCGUUCCCCAAGCUGAAGAUCCGUCGCACCGUGGAACGCAUUGAUGAUUUCACAGCUGAGGAUUUUGAGAUUUGUGGCUAUGAUCCCUAUCCCACCAUCAAGAUGCAAAUGGCUGUUUAAACACAACCUCCUCCUAAAGUCUUAUAGACCCACACUCCUGUAACACUGAGGUAUUAGGUUUUUUUUUUUUUUUUUUUGGUACUGGUUUUAUGGAAUUUGGCUGACCUGAUAAAAUGUAAAUAUUUAUGUAUUCAAAUUUUAAAUAAUUUUUUUUGUUUGCAAUUAUUUGUUUAUCUAAUCUAGAUAAGAUAAACCAUAUCUUUAAACUUGCACUUAAAAUAAACAUUUUUCAUUCAUACAUCUUUUGCACAGUCUGUACUUUAGCAGGACAGUCAACAGUAAAAGUUUUGCUCAAAAGAGAGAUCACUGAGGCACGGAAACUUAAGAUUAAACAUAAAAUUUAUUUAAAAAGUGCAAAACAUUUGAUUAGUCAAAUUAGUCAAACGUUGAUUAGUCAAAAGCUAAAAAUAAUGAUUGCUGACAGUGCAAAUUCUUUCUGAAUUAGUGCUAAGAUGUCCCUUAUUGCUUCACAUUACAUCUGUAUAAUGAAACUUUAAAAUCACAGUUUUUCAAGUUUUUAAAGGAUGAUUCAGUGUGACAGCUGUUCAGCAGCAAUUAGAUUGUAUUAAGAUCCGUUCUUCUCUAAAAUGGAUCUCCACACCUCUCCAUGAGGAAACUGGUGUUUCUGCACCGACUCGUCGAACAUUUCAGAUGAAAAUCCAGGAUCCUAAAAGUACAACAGCAACGAGUCCAUGCUUUAAUAAAAAUUUACAUUAAAA